AGGACUCCCUGCGCGGCGGGCUCACUUCCGGCGGGCUACGGGAACGCGGCGAGCGUCGCCCUGCUUUUGCGUGGUUGCUCCACCCACUCAGCCUCGCCUUCGCAACCAUUGGGGCUGAAGUUCCCGCCAGGUCGGUGCCGGGCGAGAGAGAUGCAGCCCGGCCCGCCUCGGCUUUGAGACGAGAGAAGUGUCCCAGACCCCUUUCAUCUUGCUGACGGCGUCGAGCUCCGAGCAGACAUGUCCACGGGGUUCUCCUUCGGGUCCGGGACUUUGGGCUCCACUACCGUGGCCCCCGGCGGGACCGGCACAGGCGGCGGUUUCUCUUUUGGGACGGGAGCGUCUAGCAACCCUUCUGUGGGGCUCAAUUUUGGAACUCUUGGAAGUACUGCAACUCCAACAACUACAUCUGCUCCUUCAAGUGGUUUUGGAACCGGGCUCUUUGGAUCUAAACCUGCUACUGGGUUCACUCUAGGAGGAACAAACACAGGAAUAGCAACAACGAUAACUACAGGAUUAACUCUGGGAACACCAGCCACUACAUCUGCCCCUACAACAGGCUUCAGUUUAGGAUUCAAUAAACCUGCAGCAUCUGCCACACCAUUUGCUCUACCUAUUACUUCUACCUCAGCUAGCGGUCUCACUCUUUCGUCUGCUCUGACAUCAACUCCAGCAGCUUCCACAGGAUUUACCCUAAAUAAUUUGGGUGGGACAACAGCCACAACUACAACUGCGUCAACAGGCCUCUCUUUAGGGGGAGCCUUAGCCGGUUUGGGAGGUUCACUUUUCCAGAGCACAAACACAGCAACAUCAGGACUAGGACAGAAUGCUUUAGGCUUGACUUUGGGAACUACAGCAGCUACUUCAGCUGCAGGCAAUGAAGGCCUUGGUGGCAUAGAUUUUAGUAGCUCCUCAGAUAAAAAGAGUGAUAAAACAGGAACAAGACCAGAGGAUAGUAAAGCUCUGAAGGAUGAAAAUCUACCUCCUGUCAUCUGCCAGGAUGUUGAAAAUCUCCAGAAAUUUGUCAAGGAGCAGAAACAAGUUCAAGAAGAAAUUAGUAGAAUGUCUUCAAAAGCAAUGCUUAAGGUACAAGAAGAUAUUAAAGCUCUGAAGCAGCUCCUGUCCUUGGCUGCCAAUGGACUACAGAGAAACACUCUCAACAUUGACAAAUUGAAAAUAGAAACUGCUCAGGAGUUAAAGAAUGCUGAAAUAGCUUUAAGAACCCAGAAGACACCACCUGGACUUCAACAUGAAUAUGCAGCUCCUGCUGACUACUUCAGAAUCUUGGUUCAGCAAUUUGAGGUACAGCUUCAGCAAUACAGACAACAGAUUGAAGAACUAGAAAACCAUCUUGCCACUCAAGCAAAUAAUUCACAUAUAACCCCUCAAGAUUUGUCAAUGGCUAUGCAGAAAAUUUAUCAAACCUUUGUAGCUUUAGCAGCACAACUUCAGUCUAUUCAUGAAAAUGUAAAGGUUCUGAAAGAACAGUACCUUGGCUACAGGAAAAUGUUCUUGGGAGAUGCUGUUGAUGUGUUUGAAGCAAGACGAGCAGAAGCCAAGAAGUGGCAGAACACACCCAGAGUUACUACUGGACCCACCCCUUUCAGCACCAUGCCAAAUGCAGCAGCCGUUGCCAUGGCUGCAACACUUACACAGCAGCAACAGCCUGCUACAGGGCCACAGCCAUCUCUGGGAGUUAGUUUUGGAACGCCAUUCGGCUCAGGUAUUGGCACUGGCUUGCAAUCAAGUGGCUUAGGUUCUUCAAACCUUGGAGGAUUUGGAACUAGCUCUGGUUUUGGAUGCAGCACCACAGGGGCCUCCACAUUUGGAUUUGGAACAACAAAUAAACCCUCAGGAAGUCUUAGUGCAGGCUUUGGCAGCUCAAGUACAUCUGGGUUUAACUUCAGCAAUCCUGGCAUCACGGCAUCAGCUGGUUUGACUUUUGGGGUGUCCAAUCCUGCCUCUGCAGGUUUUGGAACAGGAGGACAACUCCUUCAGUUGAAGAAACCUCCAGCUGGAAACAAAAGAGGAAAAAGAUAAACAUGAGUUGAUGUGUUGAGAGAAUCCAUAGCAGCACCAUUCAUUCUGAGUCUAUUUUUCUAAUGAUGCAGUAAUUAAAUUGCAUCCCAGGAGAUUUAUAAAGUUUUGAUAUUUUUCCCUACUCUGAAAUUUGAACUUUCUUCAUGUUUGCCAUACUGAACAUCUUUUUUCCUGUGAAUUUAAAAUCCGGUUGUGUUUUCUUUUUGAUUCUCAGUGUAAGAAAUGUUCUGAUUACGUUGCUGAUUGAUAAUGGUUAGAAACCGUUAACCUAAAACUUACUAUUUAACUUAGUGUUAAUAGCAGUGUUUUUGUUGAUAAGGUUUACAUUACGUGAAUACAUGCACAUUUGUUUCUUAUACAGAUGGUGUGAACUCUAGGGCCUAUACUAGAAUCAAUUUGUUCCUUGAUAAAGGCCUUUUGAAUUACACUGCAGGGCAUCUUGUGAAUAUGUAUGUAAAUAUAUACAGAAUAAUACACACAGUUGUGUGUGCAUAUAAAAUAUAUAUUUAUGCCGGGCGUAGUGGCUCACGCCUGUAAUCCCAGCAUUUUGGGAGGCUGAGGUGGGUGGAUCACCUGAGGUCAGGAGUUUGAGACCAGCCUGACUAACGUGGUGAAACCCUGUCUCUACUAAAAAUAUAAAAAUUAGCCAGGUGUGGUGGUGCGUGCUUGCAAUCCCAGCUACUUGGGAGGCUAAGGCAGGAGAAUUGCUUGAACUUGAGAGGUGGAGGUUGCAGUGAACCGAGAUUGUGCCAUUUGCAGUCCCACCUGGGUGACAGAGCAAGACUCCAUCUCAAAAAAUAAAAUAAAAUAAAAAAUAUAUUUGCAGGCCUACAACUUUGCCUCAGACUGUUCCCUUUAUCUAAGGUAUUCAAGUUUUCACGUUUUAAGCUUCAUAUUCUCAGUGCUUGUAGAAUGAUGAGCUAGAGGUAACAGGUCAUUGCAGUUGUUUGCUUAAAGACUUGUGAAAUGGUUAUUGGUGUAAAUGUUUGGCCUACUCUACUUUAUUGCCCCUGGUCUUUUCCGUUUUUUGUUUCUACCUUAACCUUUAGCAGCUCCUCCAGACGGAAUGCUGUAAGACUCAUCAAAAAGAUUUUAACAGUUUUAUUAUCCUGUGUGUCCUUAUAUUGCUUCUGUGAGUUGUUUUUUUCUUAUCAGAGAUGAACUUUCAGGAGCAUAUUUGAACUCCAGACUGGUGUUCUGGGGCAAAGAGCUAUUAGCCAAAUGGAUUCUAUGCAGGUGAAGGAUGCACUGAAGUUCUUUAGUGAGAACUUUUCUAGAUAUUCCAAUACAGAGUUCUUUCUUAUAGGGCUAUUGAUAUUGACACCAAAUGGAGUGGCUUCUCAGCCUCUUAAUGUCUUAAGUAAGUGCUUAAUUUGGAAUACAGAAACCAGUAUAUUUUAAAAAAGAAAAAUAUUCUUUGUAGCAACUGUACAUUAUCCCAUUAUAACAGUGAACAGAGCUCCAGGUAAUAACACAUAGGCAUGUCAGGUUACAUCUGUAUAUUUGACUACAUUAAUAUUAGUGACAUCAAGUGGAUAUAAAAGAAAACCCUUGGAAAGAGAACUGCCUUAGCCAUGAUAUCAGAGAGAAACCAUUAGUAGACCUAUUUAUGAUUGAAUUACAGUUUUCAGAUAGAAUGUGAACAUGGAAUUUCAUUGAAAAUAGUUUAAUUUUUUAUAUAAAAGGUUUUGUACAUAAUGUAUCAGUGACUAUUUUCAAACUCACUUUCACCAAGACAUCUUUUUUCUAAAAUGCAUUGCAUACACACACAUGCACAUGCAUGUGCACACACACACAUAAUUUUAGCAUAGUGUUAGUUGGGUUUGAUUAUAAAAGCGUUGUCAAAUCUGUUUUAUUUAUCUGCAUAUAGCAGUGAUGGGCUUUUUGAAUUGAAAUUUUUGCACACUGAUGCAUUGAGAUAAGGAAAAUUAUUUAUCUCUGAGCACUAAACUUAUUUUUGCAUAUUUCUGUGAUAUUGCAAUCCCCAGAUUCAGAUCAUGGGAAGUUAGGGAAAUGGUGUGAUUUUGUGUUUUGAAUUAUUGUCAGAAUUAUUACACAAUUACAACAAACUUUUUUUUAAGAGACAUUUCAUUGUACUGCAAAAAUCUGAAUAUUUAUAUUUCUUGUUUUUUUCUUUAUAUAUUUUGCAUUUUAAUAUGUUGAACCACUGGAAAUUUGUAACAUUAAUUUGUUAUAGGAGUUUAAAUGUGUUGUCAUUGUCUCCAUUGUCUUUGUCCAGAGCCUAUUAUUAUGGAAACAAUAAAAUUUAUUGUGUCA